AUGAAGACAAGAGAGCAGUUAUUAGCAGAAGAAAGAGAUUACAAGCGAAGAAGAAUGUCAUAUCGUGGCAAGAAGAUGAAGCGAACGACGACACAGGUGCUUAGGGAUAUAAUAGCGGAAUACAUGGAGGAAAUCAAGCAGGCAGGUGGGAUUGGUUGCUUAGUCAAAGGAGCUGAAGAGGCAGAAAUGCUUGCAUCUAAGCCUUCUUCUGUGCGUUACAGUUCUAGGGAUUUCAGCGAGCUGAAGGAAAGUCUACCUGAUUCAUCUGAAGUAAGCAGAGAACCGGCACAUGGUUACAGAAAACAGUUGCAUUCUGAAAACAAUAUCCAAUCAACAACAUUCCAGGAUGCGUAUCCUGAAGAUAAGAAGCAACAGGGAAGAGACUCCAAUAUGCACCACAGAAAUCUAGAAGCUCGUAGAAAUAUUGACACGGACAGACAUGAUAGGGAGUACAACUCCAGAAGUCCAGAUGGACGACGAAGUAGUGGCUUCUUGCAUGAGCAAACUAGCAGCCGAGGGCUGCCAGAUAAGGUGGAAGUGUCCAGAAAGUACUUCCCCCGAAGUCCAGUUAGAAAUCAUAGCCGGUCUGUGUCAUAUGAGCGGGAUAGUCAUCGGAGGGAGGGGGUUGAUCAUAAUACAGAGUCUAAAGAUAGAAAACAAAAAAACACAAAGAGGAGUUAUAGAUCAGACUCUGCUAGAUUUCAUGACUUCGAUGACAGAUAUGAUCCUUCUAAAUCUUGUGAUGUGUAUGAGGAUGAUGUCUACUCUUGAAGCAAGUAUUUGUGACAAGAUUGACUGCAGUCAAAUAGGUGUUGAGCAUUCAAUUAAUGGCGUGGUGAUCACUCUAUAAAACUUCGAUUGGUUCUUUCACC